UUUUAACCCAAAAACACAAGUGUCUUUUUGAGCACACAGUUGUCUUUCUUUUUUCCUUCUCCCAACAUUUUUAAUAAUUUUAAUUAAAUAAACAAAAAAAGUUUAGGGUUUCAGAAAGAGAAAAAAAAAAUCCAUCUUUCUUUCUUUCAUCUUCUCCAUCAUCAAUCAUCAUCAUCAUAAACCCGUUUGUAUGUAGUGAGUUUCAAGUGAAGGAGAGAGAUGCGCUGUUUAUCAGGAAUCAGAUGUAAACAUAAUCCUAAUAAUCAUAGUAGUAUUCAUGUUCUUCUUCUGACUUUGGAUCUACUCUUCUUAUUGUGUACUUUUGCUUCUGCUGGUCGUGUUGCUGUUGUUAAUUCAGAUAAAUAUGUUUUGCUUGAGUUUAAGUCUUCAGUUGUAGACCCUUUUGGGGUUUUAUCUUCAUGGAAGAAUAACAACGAUGAUCACUGUUCUUGGGUUGGUGUUACUUGUGAUCAGAAAGCUAGGGUUGUCUCACUUAACAUCUCUGGUGCUGGUGGCGGAGGAGGAGGUAAGACUCGAACUUGUUCUAAAUAUCUUCAAUUUCCUUUGUAUGGGUUUGGGAUUAGGAGGAAUUGUGUUGAGAAUGAGUGGAAACUGAAAGGAAAGUUGUCUCCUUUGAUUGGGAAACUAACUGAGCUUAGAGUUUUGUCUUUGCCGUUUCAUGAUUUGAGUGGUGAAAUUCCUGUUGAAAUUUGGGGGUUGAGGAAUUUACAAGUGCUUGAUCUAGAAGGGAAUUCGUUUAAUGGGGUUUUGUCUAGUCAAAUUGGGGGAUUGAAGAGUUUAAGGGUUCUUAAUCUUGGGUUUAAUGAGAUUUCUGGAGAGAUUCCGGGGUCACUGGAGAAAUGUCUUGGGUUAGAGAUUAUCAAUUUAGCUCGUAACCAGGUGAAUGGGACGGUUCCUAGGUUUAUCGCCAAGUUAUCCAACUUGAGGGGGCUUUAUCUGUCACUGAAUGAACUGGGUGGGUCGAUACCCAAGGAGAUUGGAGCUAACUGUGGGAGUCUCGUGCAUCUCGAUCUUUCUGGAAAUUUCUUAGUCGGUGAGGUUCCUAGUAGUUUGGGGGAGUGUAAACAGCUGGAAUCAUUGCUGCUGUUUGCUAAUAUGUUGGAAGAUGUUAUACCUCCUGAACUAGGUAAGCUUGAAAAUCUCCAAGUGUUGGAUGUGUCAAGGAACAGCCUUAGUGGGUCUAUACCGGCUGAACUAGGAAAAUGUCGGGAAUUAUCUGUAUUAAUCCUCUCAAAUAUGUUUGAUCCCGUGGGGAUUUUAGAGUAUCCAAGGGGAGGGGAUUCUUCAUUUCGGUUGCGCUCUGCUUCUGAAGACGAUUUCAAUUAUUUCCAAGGUGCUGUUCCUGUGGAAAUUACCACACUGCCGAAGCUGAAGAUAAUUUGGGCACCAAGAGCUACGCUUGAAGGUGAGAUUCCGAGGAAUUGGGGUGCUUGUCAAAACUUGGAAAUGGUUAACUUGGGUCAGAAUCUUUUUACUGGAGGAAUACCUGAGGUGUUUGGGUCUUGUAAGAAUCUUCAUUUUCUUGAUUUGAGCUCAAAUAGGCUGACUGGGAUACUUAAUCAGAACCUUACAGUUCCUUGUAUGUCUGUGUUUGAUGUGAGCGGGAACCUCUUAACAGGCUCUAUACCCAUUUUCAGUCAGGGAGUUUGCCCUCCUCUUCCCUCGUUACGUGCUUAUGGUACCCAACCUUUCGAUCCCGCAUCUGCAUAUUCAUCUUUUUUUGCGUAUAAAUCUCAGACAGGGUCCUUGUUGCCGUCUUUCGGAGCCAGUGGGAAUUUUGGAAUUUUUCAUAAUUUUGGUGGGAAUAACCUUACUGGUUCUCUCCUGUCUUUGCCAAUUGCUUCUGAAAGACUUGGAGAUCAGACUGCUUAUGCAUUUCUUGCUGGUGGAAAUAAGCUCAACGGAUCAUUCCCUGAAGUUCUGUUUGAAAAAUGUGAUGCACUGAAUGGGAUGGUAGCGAAUGUUAGCGAUAAUCAAAUUUCCGGACCACUUCCAGUGGAGGCGGGUGGAAUGUGCAGAUCUCUCAAACUUUUGGAUAUAUCAGGGAACUCGAUUAGCGGAUCAGUGCCUCAAAGUUUUGGGGAUUUCGAGUCUCUUGUCACUCUGGAUUUGAGUAGGAACAAGUUGUACGGUCCUAUUCCAGUCAGUCUUGGCAGGUUAAAGGACCUGCAGUAUCUCUUGUUGGCUUCUAAUAACCUGACUGGUGAAAUCCCUUCUAGCUUGGGACAGUUGCACUCUCUGAAAGUGUUGGAUCUUUCUUCGAAUUCUCUUGCUAGUGAGAUUCCAGGAGAUAUUGCAAAUCUGAAAAACCUGACUGUUCUUCUGCUAAACAGCAAUAAACUCUCAGGGCAAAUCCCAUCUGGUUUGGCUAAUGUUACAAAGCUCUCUACGUUUAAUGUGUCCUUCAAUAAUCUAUCUGGGCCUAUUCCAUGGAGCGAGGAUCUGAUGAAUUGCAGCAGUGUUCGUGGCAACCCUUUUCUUCAGUCUUGUCAUUUGUAUGCUCUAUCAAGACCAACUUCAGAUGUUCAGAGAAGGAAUGGGGACUUGCAAAAUUAUAUGGGGGCCCCUCCUCCACCUGCUAUUAACAAAAGUAGGGGAUUUAAUUCCAUUGAAAUUGCAUCAGUAGCCUCGGCAUCAGCAAUUGUUUCCGUGCUUCUAGCUCUGGUAGUCCUUUUCUUGUACACAAGAAAGUGUGUUCCGAAGUCCAGGGUUGGAGGGUCGGAUAGAAGAAGAGAGGUUACUAUUUUCAACGACAUAGGGGUUCCACUGUCUUACGAAAAUGUUGUGCGGGGAACAGGUAGCUUUAAUGCAAGCAACUGCAUUGGGAAUGGAGGCUUUGGGGCUACUUACAAGGCCGAAAUCACUCCAGGAUUUCUGGUGGCUAUAAAGAGGCUCUCAGUUGGGCGGUUCCAAGGGGUUCAGCAGUUCCAUGCAGAGAUCAAGACCCUUGGAAGGAUGCGUCAUCAAAAUCUUGUCACGUUGAUAGGUUACCAUGCUAGUGAAACGGAGAUGUUUCUCAUUUAUAACUACUUGUCAGGGGGUAAUUUAGAGAAUUUCAUUCAGGAAAGGUCUGAGAGAGCAGUGGAUUGGAAAACACUUCACAAAAUCGCUCUGGAUAUUGCUCGUGCACUAGCAUAUCUUCACGACGAAUGUGUGCCGCGGGUGCUUCAUCGCGAUGUCAAGCCAAGCAAUAUCUUAUUGGAUAACGAUUACAAUGCUUAUCUGUCUGAUUUUGGAUUGGCUAGACUCUUGGGUACCUCUGAAACCCAUGCUACAACCGGUGUUGCUGGGACUUUUGGUUAUGUAGCUCCGGAGUAUGCAAUGACUUGUCGUGUUUCUGAUAAAGCUGAUGUCUACAGUUAUGGCGUGGUGCUUCUUGAGCUUAUCUCUGAUAAAAAAGCUUUGGACCCCUCGUUUUCACCGUACGGGAAUGGUUUCAAUAUCGUUGGAUGGGCAUGUAUGCUUCUUAGACAGGGCAGGGCCAAGGAGUUCUUCACCACUGGUUUAUGGGAUUCAGGUCCCCAUGAUAAUUUGGUGGAGACUCUGCAUCUGGCUGUCAUGUGUACUGUGGAUUCUCUUUCAAUCCGGCCAACGAUGAAGCAGGUCGUUCAACGGCUGAAGCAACUUCAACACGUACGUGGUGUUAGUUAGGUGUAUGUUGUACUAUUAUUGAUUAACAUAUUCAGUAGGCCAAGACUUGUAAUUUAUGCUCUUUGGAGCAACCAGUCCAAUUUUUUCCGGCCAUUCCUCGCUCAGGUUCGAGUCUGAGUUGUUGUUGCAGUUGUCCCACUUGUAAUAUAAUUCCAAUUAGCCAUUUCUUCUUCACUCUUGCUCGGACUUGAUGAAUGAAUCUGUUCAAGAAUGCAGAUGUCGUCUUCUCUUUACUGAUUCCAACGUCUUCUUACAUGUA